AUGGGGAAGCUGAGACUGGCUGCGCUGGCGUCGUACCUGCCGAUGCCUGUGAUCGGCGGGUACUUGGCUUUCAUCGGCAUCUUCUGCCUUUACGCCGGACUCGCGCUGUGUACGGGUCUGGUGAUCAACAACGUUGAGUCUAUGAUCAGCGUCUUCGAUAAGGCCCACGACGUCCUGCUGUGUGUUCCUGGUGUGCUGGGUGGCGCGUUCCUGCUCGUAGUCUCGCAGCGGUACGACAACUCGUUCAUCCUGUCGGGGGCCAUCAUGAUCAUGCCCGUCGUCUUCUUCUUCAUCAUGCUGGUGGGCGGCAUCUCCAUGGACGAAGCACGCGACGGCGGCUGGAUCGACCCUGCCAAGGACCCUGCAACAGUCUCCGAGCUGCUCAACCUCUUCGACUUCUCUCAAGUGCACUGGGACCAGCUGCCGAAGCACUUCGCGACGUGGAUCGGCAUGGUCUUCAUCGUGGCGUUCUCGUCGUGCCUUGACAUUGCCGCCAUCGAGCUGGAUAUGGGCAAGAAGCUCGACUUCAACCACGAACUCAAGACCGUCGGCUGGUCCAACGUCGUGAGCGGCAUCCUCGGCGGCUACACUGGCUCGUACAUCUUCUCGCGGACCAUCUUCACCUACCGCUCCAAGACCAAUUCGCGUAUUGUCGGAGUAUGUGUGAUCAUCUCGGAGUUCGCCAUCGUGAUGGCGCCCGUGUCCGUCAUGAGCUAUGUGCCGCGCUUCUUCUUCGCAGCCACGCUCAUCUUCAUCGCCAUCGACCUCAUGAUCGAGUGGCUCAUUCUCACGUACAAGAAGAUGUCGCUGCGCGAGUACGCGGUGCUGUGGAUGACGUUCAUCGCCGUGAACCUCGUGGCGCUGGACGUGGGCAUGCUCAUCGGCGUUGGUAUCGCCAUCGUCAGCUUCCUGCUGGGCUACCUGCGUCUGCCCGUAGUAAAUCGAAAGCCUCGAUCGUCUGGUGCGGCGCGGCGGAACGUCGAUACGCCAAGUCAAGCCACUGGAUCACACUAUGUGGGUGAUGCAGAGAUGCCGCUCUCACCCAAGGACAACAGAAAACCCAUGGUCGUGUGUCUGGACGGAAGCCCUGCGUCCGACCCCGAUGCAGUUCCUACAGAGUUCAUCAUCAUGGACUUCACUGCCGUCAAAGCUAUUGACGCAACAGCCGCGCGAGGCGCCUUCCUGAUCCUGCAGAAAUACUGCAACAACCACGACAUCACUGCGUUAUACGCCGCGACUAUUCCUAAGAUUCAAGAUCUGCUGAUGAAGAAUGGGAUCGCGAAGUUCGAGUCUGCUGUCGAAUUCUGCGAGAACGUGCUGUUGAGAGGUGCAAGGAAUGGCAAGUCGGCACGCGCGGGGUCAAGUACUUUCGAGAUGCCCUACGAUGCACUACUGCGGUACUUCUUGGUCGAUCCCUACAACCCCUAUCAGUCUACGUGUGAUCUGCACCAGUACUUCCAAGAAUACGAAGUAGACACCGAGCACCAGUUCUACGACAUUGGCCAGUCUGCUGGCAGCUUCUACUUCCUCGGCAGUGGUCGUGUCGUGAUUUUUGGUAAGAACGAUGAGGACCUCGGGACUGUAAGCGCGGGAAGUGGACAGCAUCUAUUAGAGCAGCGGGUCGUUCUACCCGGUUCUCUGUUCGGCGAUGCAGCUUUCUUCAGCUGGCAACGGAGGUAUUCUACUGCAAUCGCGACGGAACUGUCCGUCGUGUUCGAGAUGACCCGCAAGGCGUACGAAUCGCUGAAGGAGCAGUCCACGACUCUAUGGGCCCGUAUCCAUGACGUGGUGACCCAGAGCAUGGCGAUCUCGCUUGCAAGCUCUAGAAAACAGAUCGCUGCGAGGUGUCGCGAUGUUGUUGUUAGCAUCGAGCACGAAGCGUAA